AACGGGUUGGGCCUCCGGUCCUUCUCCAGGUGCUGUCGCAGGGUGAGGCGGCCUCCCGAGUGACAUUGCGUGCGGGAGUGGAACCUGCCCCCCGAGUCUUGCGUGCUUUACUUGAAACUUGCUCCCCGUUAGAACGCGAGCGCACCCCCAGUCCUCGCGCCACACGCAGCACCUCCCCGCGCCGGAGGGCUGAAGCCUGCGUGCAGUGGCCCCUGUCGCGAGGCCUCCUGGGAGCUACUUCUGCGCGCCCCUGCGUCUCUGGACCACAAAUCCCGGCAGGCUCCGUGCGGUCCCGGGGGCGCGGGAGCGCGCGCCGUGACAGGCUGACGGACGGGCUGGCCGCGGGCCUCGGCGCUCUUCGGGCCCCGCCCCCGGGCCGAGCGGCCGGGACGGAAACUUGCCGGCAAGUGGAGGGUCUGCGGCGCCUGUGUUCUUCCCGAUCCGGGCUCCGAGCUGUAGCGCUCAGAGCCGGCGCCAGACGGAGCUCAGCGAGGCAGGAGGCAGAGGCCGGAGAGUCGCGGGCGGGCGGGCGACUACUGCACGGACGGACAGACUGGUUUGCUGGCUGCCUGUUUGGUUUGCCGUGUUCAAUGUUGGCAAUGGCUUCUAGUUGCCAACAGAAAAAUUUGGUGGCCCAGUGAAUUUGUGACCCAGGAAGUAGCAACUAAAUGCCUGGGAUGUCAACUCGAGGCUGGUGUGUACUCUGAGGUACCUGAGCAGCACUGCCCACCAUGGACCCAGACCCCCAGGCUGGUGUGCAGGUGGGCAUGCGUGUGGUACGCGGCGUGGACUGGAAGUGGGGCCAACAGGAUGGCGGUGAGGGCAGCGUGGGCACAGUGGUGGAGCUCGGCCGCCAUGGCAGCCCUUCAACUCCUGACCGCACAGUUGUCGUGCAGUGGGACCAGGGCACCCGCACCAACUACCGUGCUGGCUACCAGGGCGCGCAUGACCUGUUGCUCUAUGACAACGCCCAGAUUGGUGUCCGCCACCCCAACAUCAUCUGUGACUGCUGCAAGAAGCAUGGGCUACGGGGCAUGCGCUGGAAGUGCCGUGUCUGCCCUGACUACGACCUGUGCACUCAGUGCUACAUGCAGGCCAGGCAUGACCUUGCCCACGCCUUUGAGCGCUACGAGACUGCCCACUCACGCCCUGUCACACUGAGUCCCCGCCAGGGCCUCCCAAGGAUCCCACUGAGGGGCAUCUUCCAAGGGGCAAAGGUGGUGCGGGGCCCCGACUGGGAGUGGGGCUCACAGGAUGGAGGGGAAGGGAAGCCAGGUCGAGUAGCAGACAUCCGUGGCUGGGAUGUGGAGACAGGCCGGAGUGUGGCCAGUGUAACAUGGGCUGAUGGUACCACCAAUGUGUACCGUGUGGGCCACAAGGGCAAGGUGGACCUCAAGUGUGUGGCUGAGGCAGCAGGCGGCUUCUACUACAAGGAGCAUCUUCCCAGGCUUGGUAAGCCAGCAGAGCUGCAGCGCAGGGUGAGUGCAGAUGGCCAGCCCUUCCAGCAUGGGGACAAGGUCAAGUGUCUACUGGACACAGACAUCCUGAGGGAGAUGCAGGAGGGCCACGGUGGUUGGAACCCCAGGAUGGCAGAGUUUAUCGGACAGACGGGCACCGUGCACCGUAUCACAGACCGAGGGGACGUGCGCGUGCAGUUCAACCAUGAGACCCGCUGGACCUUCCAUCCUGGGGCUCUCACUAAGCACAACUCCUUCUGGGUGGGCGAUGUGGUCCGGGUCAUUGAUGAUCUGGAUGCCGUGAAGAGACUGCAGGCUGGGCAUGGCGAGUGGACAGACGACAUGGCCCCUGCCUUGGGCCAUGUUGGCAAAGUGGUGAAAGUGUUUGGAGAUGGGAACCUACGAGUGGCAGUUGGUGGUCAGCGGUGGACCUUCAGCCCCUCCUGCCUGGUAGCCUACCGGCCUGAGGAGAACGCCAAUCUGGAUGUGGCAGAGCGUGCCAGGGAGAACAAAAGCUCACUGAGCAUGGCUUUGGACAAACUGCGGGCCCAGAAGAGUGACCCAGAGCACCCAGGGAGGCUGGUGGUGGAAGUGGCUCUGGGCAAUGUGGCCCGAGCUCUGGACUUGCUGCAGAGGCAUCCACAACAGGUGGACAACAAGAACCAGGGGAGGACAGCCCUGCAGGUGGCUGCCUACCUGGGCCAGGUGGAGCUGGUGCGGCUGCUGCUGCAGGCGAGGGCAGGUGUGGACCUGCCAGAUGAGGAGGGCAACACAGCGCUGCACUAUGCGGCCUUGGGGAACCAGCCUGAGGCUGCCCGGGUGCUCUUGAGUGCCAGGUGCGGGGCAGACGCCCUCAACAGCACCCGGAGCACAGCACUGCAUGUGGCAGUGCAGAGGGGCUUCCUGGAGGUGGUGAGGAUCCUGUGUGAACAUGGUUGUGAUGUCAACCUGCCUGAUGCCCAUGCCGACACACCCCUGCACUCUGCCAUCUCAGCAGGAGCUGGUGCCAGUGGCAUUGUUGAGGUUCUCACCGAGGUGCCUGGAAUUGAUGUCACUGCCACCAACAGCCAGGGUUUCACACUGCUGCACCACGCAUCCCUCAAGGGCCAUGCACUAGCUGUCAGGAAGAUUCUGGCACGGGCACGGCAGCUGGUGGACGCCAAGAAGGAGGAUGGGUUCACAGCACUACACUUGGCUGCCCUCAACAACCACUGUGAGGUGGCCCAGAUCCUGAUCCGGGAGGGCCGCUGUGAUGUGAACGUGCGCAAUAGGAAGCUCCAGUCCCCGCUGCAUCUGGCCGUGCAGCAGGGCCAUGUGGGGCUGGUGCUGCUGCUGGUGGAUGCAGGCUGCAGUGUCAACACUGAGGACGAAGAAGGGGACACAGCUCUGCACGUGGCCCUGCAGCGUCAUCAGAUGCUGCCUCUAGUGGCUGAUGGGGCCGGGGGGGACCCAGGGACUUUGCAGCUGCUGUCCAGGCUACAGGCCUCUGGCCUCCCAGGGGGCGCCGAGCUGACGGUGGGCGCAGCCGUCGCCCGCUUCCUGGCGCAAGAGGGUGCCGACGUGAGUUACGCCAACCAUCGUGGCCGGAGCCCAAUGGACCUGGCCGAGGGCCGCCUGCUAAAGGCCCUGCAGGGCUGUGCCCAGCGCUUCCGGGAGCGGCAUGCAGGCGGCAGCGUGGCCUCAGGCCCCGCGCAGAGGCUCGGCACUCCGAACACCGUGACAAACCUGCACGUGGCUGCCGCGGGGCUCGAGGCUGCGGAAUGCCUGGUGUGCUCGGAGCUGGCCCUGCUGGUGCUCUUCGCGCCGUGCCAGCACCGCACGGUGUGCGAGGAGUGCGCGCGCAGGAUGAAGAAGUGCAUCAGGUGUCAGAUUGUCAUCAGCAAGAAGCUGCGUCCAGAUGGCUCGGAGGUCGUGAGUGCCUCGCCCGCGCCCGGUCCGCCGCGGCAGCUGGUGGAGGAGUUGCAGAGCCGCUACCGACAGAUGGAGGAGCGCAUCACCUGCCCAAUCUGCAUAGACAGCCACAUCCGCCUCGUGUUCCAAUGCGGCCACGGCGCGUGCGCACCUUGUGGCGCCGCGCUCAGCGCCUGCCCCAUCUGCCGCCAGCCCAUCCGCGACCGCAUCCAGAUCUUCGUAUGAGCCCGCAACAUCCCCCCGCCCCCUCCGGAGCCACGUCCUGGAAAGACCUUCGCAAAACCCCUACCCUGUAUUUUAUAAAAAGAUUCUCAGA